AUGUCUCUUCUUGAACUGCUUCUAGCCGAGCUUCUUCUCGGGAUAUUCCGGCCUACGGGAUAUUGGAGCCGAUGGGUUUCGCGCACGGCGUUUGUUCGCGCCGAAGGCCAAUUCGUACUCUCCAAUGGCGAUCCUACCGGAUACGGCUACCACGGCGAUUUCAUCAACGCCUGGGAUAUCGACUUCCUGCAGCGAGCUGCUGAUAUCUCUGCUCUUGCAUCCUCGUUGCCUGCUUCUUCACAGCCAUGGAGAUCAUGA